AUGACAAUCCCAUUCCCCAUUCUCCCUCUCGACUACCACCGCUCCCGCUCCAUCCGCCGCUUCACUCCCUCCCGCAAAUUCCUCGCCUUCACCACAACCGCCGCCUCCAAGAAAAUCGACCCUGCGCAGCUCGCCGCUGUCUUCGACCAACUCCUCCCCGUCGCCCCUGAGACAUUGACCCGCGGAUCCGGAGAAUGGCGCGGCAUUGCGCUGAACACGGGACACAAGUUCAUGGAGCAAUUGGAGAGCUUGCACUGGCGGGGUGCGGUGUUCAGAUCGACGGAGGACGUUGAGCCUGUCGCUAUCGACAAGGCUGAUGGUGAAAAAGCUACUACUGAUUUUGGGGGUGCUUGCGUACGUCUCCUCUCCCCUCUCCCUAACUAUGCAAUUGAAAUGUAA